UUUUUGGUCAUAUAUUUUAGAAAUUUUCGACAGAAUGGUGAAGGAACCGUUGAAGAGAUCAGCCUGGAGGAGUUCUUGGUGGUUAUGUCUCAUUUCAAGCCUCCAUCGCGGCACCUGACACAGGAACAGCGGCAGGCCAUCAGGAGGGAGAAACUGAGAUUUUUAUUCAACAUGCAUGACACCGACAACGAUGGAACAAUAACGUUGGAGGAGUACCGUCAUGUGGUGGAGGAGCUGUUAUCUCGUAGUGGGGCAGUGGGAAAGGAAACGGCCAAGUGCAUUGCUGAUGCUGCCAUGUUGGAGGUUGCCAGUAUUUCAGUGGGUCACAUGGAACCUGACGAGUUCUACGAGGGAAUCACAUUUGAUCAUUUUUUCAAGUUACUCUGUGGCUUUGAAAUUGAGUCAAGAAUGAGCAUUCGCUUUUUGAAUGUGGCACACAACUCUAUGCAAGUGAGAUACACUAAACUAUGCAGUGAGUUUGGGAUGAUGCGGGGAAGCUUAUUGUGGCUGUAAUGUUUUUUAUAUACAC